AAUAAAAUAUUUUCAAUCACAAUCGGUUUAUAUAUUGUCAUCGUAACAUUGUUACCAUGGAUAGAAUUAGCAAAAUUGAGGAUGAUUUUGUUACUGUAUAUAGCCCAAGGUCAAAGGAGAAAAAAGAUAUACUUCGAACAACCUUAAGCGAAGCGUUAAUGGAUGCUGUAAAAGAAAACGAUAUUGUCCUAGUAAAACAAUUAUUACAAUAUGGUGCCAACAUCAACACAAAAGAUGAAUGUGGGUGUACACCACUACAUUGGGCAACUAUAUACAAUAAACCUGAGCUAGUUCACUCACUACUCAAUGAUGGAAACUGUAAUAUUAACGCUGUAGAUAAGAACCAGUAUACCUCUCUGCAUUUAUCAAUUAAAUAUGGUCAUAAGCAAGUUCUUCAACUUUUACUUAACUAUGGAGCUGACCUUGAUUUCAAAACAAAGGGUGGGCGCAUUGCUGAAGAUAUUGCAAUAUCUGGUGAUAGUUGGGAUAUUGUUGCAAUGCUGCAAACAGCUCGCAAGAACAUAAAGAACAAACAUCAAGACAUACCCCGUAAAUGGGAACUUGGUAAACUGCUCGGGUGUGGUGCUUUUGGACAGGUUUAUCUCGGUAAAAAUAAAGGGAAUGGUAAAGAGAUUGCCGUUAAAAGAAUUUAUACACGUUAUGACCAAGGACUAAAUGUAGUUCGAAAGCAAAUAGAGGAGCUUGAUAAUGAAAUCGGAGUUUUGAGUAAUUUAAAUCACGUAAACAUUUUGAGAUACUAUGGUUUUGAGAAAUCCAAUUACUCAUCAAUGUUUAUUUUUAUGGAAUACCUUCCUGGAGGAAGUAUGCGCGAUCUUGUCCAAAGUGUGGGAGGUUUAUGUGAAGCUCAACUACGUCUUUACACUCAUCAAAUUCUAGAAGGUUUAUCUUAUCUUCACAAAAAUUUGGUCAUACACAGAGAUAUAAAAGGAGCAAACAUCUUAUUAGAUGCAAAGCAAACAACUAUCAAGCUAGCUGAUUUUGGACUUUCCAUGAAAAUUGAGAGAUGUAGCACACUAACCACCAACCUGAAAGCUGUGAUCGGGAGUCCGUAUUGGAUGGCUCCAGAAGUCAUUAAAGCAAAUGCAUGUAAUAAUGGAUAUGGAAGAAGAGCUGAUAUAUGGAGUUUGGGAUGCACAGUUAUUGAAAUGUACACAACCUCUCCUCCAUUUAGCUGGAUGGAACCAAUGUCAGCUCUUUACAAUAUAGGCUCUGGAAGAAAAGAGCCAAACAUUCCAGAAACCAUGACACCUCUUCUAAAAGAUUUUCUCGUUCAAUGUUUUAAAAGAGAUCCAAGAAGUCGACCAUCUGCAGAUGAUUUGCUAAAUCAUCCGUUUAUUAAAGCUGCAAGAAAAACAUCAGAUAAGGAUUAUACGUGUUCGAAAUUAAAUAAAAUGAGAAGAAAUAAAUUCUUUAGGUUCAUUGCAAAUCCAAUCAAUCUAGCUUCAGCGUGUAUUAGAAAUUACGGAAGAAAAAUUUUUAUGGACAUUAAGAACUAUAAAAUAUAAAACAAGGUAAAUUAUUAUAUUAGAGAAAAUAACA